UAGCAACAUUCGCUGUUGUUCACCUCUACACGGCACACUUCUGUCAUUUUCGAUGCUAUUCUUAAUGGAUUCAUUAAUUCUGUUCGGCACAGCAAGCGUGCUCAUUGUUUCUAUGGUUCUUAAUUUCUGGCAAUAUCUGCAACGACGCGAUGCUAGCGCAUUAGUGCUAGAACACCGAACCUUUCAUCUGCCUGAGGGAUGGUGGUCGGAUCCUGUUCGAUUCCAAAUUGAGCGACGGGCAAUUUUCAGCCAGACGUGGAUAUGUGUGAGCCACCGGGGACGUUUUCGUUCCCCCGGCGACUAUGUUGUCUAUGACGUUGCUGGCUUUCGUAUUCUCAUGAUCUUAGGGAAGGGCAUGGUAGUGCGAUCGUUUCACAAUGUCUGUAGACACAGAGCUUUCCCGGUCGCUAGGAAGCAGUCUGGCAGCGCCACCAUUCUUGGCUGUCGAUAUCAUGGAUGGAGCUACAAUACGGAGGGCAAGCUCACCAAGGCCCCCUAUUUCGACAAUCUCCCCGGCUUCGAUAAGAGCCAGAACAGUCUCUUUGAAAUCCACACGAAUCAGGACACCCGAGGCUUCCUUCAUAUCAACGUGAGCCGUUACGAAGGCGUGCCUGCUACUGGAACCCCGGCGGGUUUAGAAAUGGGCAAGCUAGAGAAGCUCGGACCAGACACAGAGCUACUAGAUAGUAUCGAAUUCAGUGGAAAGUUCAAUUGGAAGGUCAUCCUCAACCGGCCAUGCGCUACAUCAUAUCCAACUGUGUUCUCUUCCACAGAUUCCGCCCGUUCAUUCGUAGCAGAGGAACCUACUUCUACUGGAGAGCUACUAUUAUUCCCUUUGACGACAGUACACACGAUGCCUAGUCGACCCUUCUGGUGCCAACUUACCUACUCUCCCGUUGCCGUUGACCAAACCAAUGUACGCUGCGAUGUUUAUGCCAAGAGUCCUAAGGGGUCGUUUGAACUUGACGGGACUACUAAAGAUUCCCUUGAAAAGGAAAUACAACAGAAUCUUCUAGCGUUUGAGAAUCAGUAUAAGCAGCUCAUCACUUCCAGAGACAAAAUUAUUGGAAAUGGUGACCAAGAAAAGAUUGCUGAUGCGGUCGAAAUGCACCGGCGUCAGGAGGCAGUGCGAGGCUUCGAGGUCAAACCCGCUGCGCUUAAGCAGCCAACUGGCAACGCGAACAUCUCGAAGGCUGAUAGAAUCUGCCAAGCUAUGGACUGCAGCGGUUCCAAAAAGCUAGAUUGGUAAUGGCCAAGGGUAUAAACCUAAUGGAGCAAGGAUAUUUUCAUGUUGUCAUUGAAGUUGGUAGAAUAAUCUGGUUAUAAUCCGCGACCUCUUUCGUUGGGAGAAAAAGAGCAAGACGUCAAAUGUAGAACGAAUAGUGAGAUUUAUUAUAAUUUUCUACUAUUCUGGUCUGGGAUUCCAGGUUGUGGGUAUAAUCAAUACAACGUGCUCAGUCAUGGACCAGUGAACCUGCGGUGGCUUAACAUUCUUGUUCAUGUAAGUUUAGACAACAAGACCCUCACUCUGAACAGAAGCAGAAUAACGUAUACAUAAAAUUUGAAAAAG